AUGCUUCCAAUAAAUCGAAACUCUUUGAAAACAUACACUUUAAAUGCACUACGUAUGGAGAAUCGCGUUUAUAAUGGCGACUUCUUCAUAGAAACAAUAAAUGUUUUUAAUCAAAAUCAAGAGAUGGCGCCACAAUCGAAAAUUUACGCGGGAAACGCAGUACAAUAUAAAAUCAAUUUUUCGAAGUAUCAACAAGGACUUUCUGUUCUGCGACAUUUACAUUAUCGUGUUUACAUUGCUGAAAGAGUAGCAGAAUUUAACAAGCAGCAGAAUUCAAUAGAUAUUCAAGAUGUUCGCAAGUAUCAAAGGUGAUCAAGUUCAAUGUAACCAAAUCUUGUUCUGCCAUCGCUGACUUAUUGUCAAUCAGUGCUGCAAUCCUGAGUUCGAUAAUCGGUGAGUCGCAUGCUUUCUUUGGUGUUGGAUUAAUAUUUGAAUGUGAUUAUUUAAACUUAAAUAUAUCUCGUUCUACGUUCAGAAUUGUUGCGUUUUUCUUUAUAUCUUGAUAAUCUGUAAAUUUUUAUGCAUUGUGAACGUAUUGAAAGAAAUAGGAUCUAAGCAGGAAUCUAUUUAAAGUUGAAGAUAUUGAAUAUUAUAUCAAGUGACCUAUUUUCUAUAUUCUCUGUGUAUUUUUAAAUUUAAGUAAUAUACAGCGCUUUAGAAACUUAA